AGCUAACAAGACAAAGACGAAGCACUCUCCACCUUGGUCUUUCUACGGCUCUCAAAACAGCUCAUUUUUCCCUUUCUUUUUCUUUCAUUCCCUUUGUACGCCAUGACAGCUGAGGCUGCUGUUGGCAACAUCGUGGGCGGCGAUGACGUCGGCAUGCCAACUUUGGCUCGCCAGCCGGCAAUUGAUGAGCCCGGCUAUGUCCACCCUGACUCCGCAGCGCUCUUCUCCGUCGUUCCGUGCGUAAAGGCGAUCCCCAUCUUCGGCAAUGCAGUGGAGCCCUUCGGGCCCAAGUGCGUGACGUCGCUGGGCAUGGUAUACAUCCUCAGCAAAGGCGUCGGCAAGACGUUGCUGACCACCUCCCAGUACGCGAUGUUCAUGAAGAAGUACGGUGUCACGCCGGAGGUGUACCAGCGCAUGCAUGGCAUCAGCUCCAUGGGCUUCUCCAUCAAGCCUCUCACCGCCGUCCUCAGCGACACCUUCUCCUUCUUUGGCUACACGAAGCGGUGGUACAUGGCGUUUUCGUGCAUCGCCGGAGCCGUGUGCGCUGUGGUGUACGGCGUGUUGCCAUUUAAAGAGUCGAGCGCCGGGAUUGCAGGUGCGAUGAUCUUUCUAUCAUCCUUUUGCAUUGCAAACAUCGAUGUGAUGUCGGAAGGCCACUACAGCCGCCUGAUCAAACGCCAACCUGUCCCUGGGGCCGAUCUCAUUUCGUGGAUCUGGGCUUUGAUCAUGGUGGGUCAGGUUAUCGCCUCUGCCAUCCAGGGACCGCUGUCGGACUCUGGCCGUCCCACCAUCGGCAUCUUCAUAUCCGCCGGCUUGCAGGCGGUGUGUGUGUUCUUCUUCAUCUUCAACUGGUACGGUGAGAAGAAAAACGCCGUGGAGCGCCGCGAGGAUUUCGUAUUUUUGCUGAAACAGGAGGCACUGAGGCAGCAGGAGAUGAGCUCGGAGUCCUUCAAGGACGGCAUGGUCGUCUACGGCAACGCACCGGACAACGUGAAGGUUCAGCCGCAGUUUGGCAGUGAAGGCAGUUCUCAGGAGGGUGUCCCGAACGAGCUGGUUCAGUUUGGUGAGCUGGACAACGAGACACAAGAGGAGGAGGAGAUGAACGUUGACUUCGAGGUGCCCACGUGCAUGUGCGGCAUUUUUGGCGUGAAUCAAGAAGUCAUCUUACGCAACGCCUCCGUCGCAGUCUACGGUGUCGUCCUCACUGCGGGUGCCGUCGUCUUGACCAUUCUCAACAUCGUCGGCACGACCUAUCAGCUGCUGUACGGCUGCGUGGUGAUCUCCGUCGUGCUGUGCGUGACUGGCUUCCUCUGCAUCCCGGUGACGAUAAUGAAGGCGAACUUCUUCGGGUGGUGCCAACUCGUGUCCUACAUCAUUAUCACCGGUGCGACGGACAACUUCUACAUGGCAGACGCAGACUGUCUUCCUGAUGGCCCCCACUUCUCGCAGACGUUCUACAACACCGUCGGCGCGGUCAUCGGCAACGUUGCCGGUCUCUUAGGUGUGUACAUGUUCUCGCGCGUCUUCUCGAAGCAGAGCUACCGUGUAACGUUGAUUAUCACCACGCUGGUCCAGGUUUUUGCAAGCGUGUUUGACGUCAUCAUCGUCGAGCGCUGGAAUCUGUAUAUCGGCAUUCCUGAUCACGCGAUGUACAUCAUGGGCGAUGCUGUUGUGUACCAGGUGUGCUACAUGCUGAACUUCAUGCCGCUGAACAUGCUGAUCUCCCGUCUGUGCCCGAAGGGCUGCGAGAGCACGAUGUUUGCCAUCCUGGCGAGCUUCAGCAACUUGGGUACGUCGACGUCGUCCACGAUUGGCGCGAUUUUGAUGGAGACGGCGUGGCCGAUCCGCUCGAAAGCCCCAUGCGACUUCAGCAACUUGCACUGGCUCAUCAUCACCGGUCACCUCAUCACGCCCCUCCUCGCCAUCCCGCUGGUGUUUGUCCUGAUCCCCGGUGCCCGCAUCUGCGACCCCAUCGACCCGAAGGAGGUGGAAGCCCUGUCCAUCUUUCAGAAGUGGCUGAACAAGUUCAACGCCACGUCCAACACUCCCGCUGCAGCAGAAAUCAGUCGUCUCCUCGGAGGAACAGUCUUAAGAAAAGAAAAGGAAACGAGUGUUUACCUCCAGGUGCGUGCUGUCGCUUCGACACAUCUUGCUGAUUUUGGAUGCGCAGUGCUUUUCAAUGGCAGGCACACAAACCCUGCCGCACUUUGUUUCCUAAAAUAUGUUACCUUUGCUACUUCUUCUUUAUUUCUUUUGAAAGUGUUUUGUACUGACAGCGGAUGCGACUGUUUAUGUAAGCACAGAAAGUGA